AUGGACCAGCUGCGGCCUCCGCCUCCGGCGACGCCGCCCGACUUCUUCCACGGCCUCGGAAGCGGCGACGCGCUGGAGCUGCGGCACGAGGACGGCUGGUGGGCGGGCUCGCGCCGCGCCGCCGGGAGGCAGGAGCACCGCGUGCGGUCGGUGCUGUACGCGGCGGAGCACUGGCUGAGCUCGCGCGAGGAGGAGGCUCGCUGGUUCUCGACACCGCUCGCCGCAGUGCCCGCCUCCGCCGCGGUGGUGCCGCAGCCGCUCGACUAUGGCACAGUCCGCCGCCGGCUGCGCGACGGGGUGUACGGCGACGAGCCGCUCGCCUUCGCGAAUGACGGCGGCGCUCCGUUGCGCAAGCUCGCCGCCUUCCUCGUCGCGUGCGGCGGGCAGGCGGGCUUGGUCGACGGCUGGACCACCACGCAAGGCAGCCGCGUGAGCGGCGUGACUGCGGGCACGUCUCCGACCUGCACGUCCGACCUGUACUACCUCUCGCCGCUCGGCGCGCGCUUCCGCUCACGCCGCGAGGUGGCGCGCCACUUUGCGCUCGACGAUGAGGCGGGUCUCGCGGCGCUCAAGGCGGCUGCGGAGGCGCGCGUCGCAUCGAGGCGGGCGGAUGGCGGGUCGCCGGCGCCGGCGCGCUCUCCCGGCAACGACGCGGGCGCGUGGGCCGCGUCGGCGCUCGAGGCGGCGACCAGCGCGCUCUCGGCGCCGUCCCUGCGCGCGGCGGACGAGCCGCGGGCUGCGGAGGCGGCGUAUGCGUCGCUCGGCGCCGAGCCACGGCUGGCGCUGCUGGCGGCGCUGGCCGAGGCGGAGGGCAAGACUUCCAAGCGCGACCGCGAGGCGGCGCGCUCCGCCGCGGCGGCCGAGCUGCUGCGGCUGGGCGCGCCGCGCCGCAAGAAGGCGCCGCCGGCCGUGCCGGGCGAGGCGCCGCCGCCGGUGCCGGGCGAGGGCAUCGCGGACACGCGGCUCGCCGUUUGCGUCGGCCGGCUGGUGGCGCGGCACAGCUUGCGCGGCCCGUUCUUCGCGCUGUCGCGCGCCGACCUCGACGCGGCGGAGGAGGCGCUCGCGUUUGAGCUGGCGCUGCAGUGCGCGCCGCUCGACCCCGCGGGCCGCCGCAG